GGUCCCGUGUUGCGUUUAGUUGCUCGUCCUGGGAACAGCUGUUACUUCAAUGUUACCUGUGUCUGGAGCUUUCAAACACAGGGAAGAGUAGCUAGUUACCGGUGAUAAUGAAGCUGAUGGGGAGCUUGCAUUUUUUACAAUAAAAGCCGGAAUGAAUUGGAGAAAGGGAGUCGAUUUAAAGCUGCUUUGAAGCCAAAAUACACAGUAGAUUGACCAUUUGCUAGCUCCAUGAGGACCCAGUCGAAUAUUCUGCUGUAUUGAUGGACGGAGCUACCGAUUGCAGCCCCCAGACUGCAGCAGCAGAGCCCCUCUUGCUGGCGAAGUUUAUACCUAACAGAUCACGUGAAUUUGAUUGGACAUCUGGCUGUGAGACUUGGGGUGUGGCAUUUUCCCCUGAUGGCUCAUACUUUGCAUGGUCACAGGGACACAAUAUCGUGAAAUUGAUUCCCUGGCCGCUUGCAGAUCGCAAAACAAAUUGUAAAAGCGCACACAAUUUUAAAGUGGAUGAGAGUUCAGAUGACCGGUGCAGAGAGAUGCUAAUUGAUUGUGGUCAGACAGUGUGGGGAUUAUCAUUUGGUGCAUCUCCAUCAAACAAUGGAAAGCAGUCAUCUGAGAACCAACGCAAAUCCAAACUUCAGUUCCCUGAUGCAGUCCUUGCCACAGGUCUCUCAAAUGGUGAAAUCAAGUUGUGGAAAGUGCCUACUGCUCAUCUUCUCCACUAUUUAAAAGGGCAUCAGUCUGUCGUGAGAUCAUUUGCUUUUAUCACCAAUGAAAACUUCAUGUUGGUUUCUGCAUCACGAGACAGAACUCUGCGUGUAUGGGACCUAAAACAGAAUGGUAAACUACUGCAUAUAUUAAAUGGUCAUGACCAGUGGGUUUAUUGUUGUGCUGUCUCCCCUGAUUCGACGAUGCUUUGUUCUGUAGGAGGGGGAAGGACGGUACUACUGUGGAGUACAGUAACAUAUAAAGUGAUUCGGAAACUAGAAGGACAUGGAGCUGAUGUUGUAUCAUGUGAAUAUUCCCCCAAUGGAGCAUUACUAGCUACUGCAUCUUAUGACACCUAUGUAAUUGUGUGGGACCCAUACACUGGAGAAAGCCUGAUGAAGCUGAGGCAUUGUUCCCCACCGGCUUCUCUGGAUGUUGAUGAAGACUUUCGUACUGGAUUUGUAAGAGCAGUCUCCUUUUCCCAGGAGGAACUAAAUGUUACCUCAGUAGCAGAUGAUGGAUUGCUGAGAAUUUGGUGUUUGGAUUUACAAAGGCCAAUAUAUGUUGCUCCCCUGGCUAAUGGGCUCUGUUGUACAUUCUCUCCACAUGGUAGAGUGUUGGCCACAGGGACAAGAGAUGGUCAUGUUACAUUCUGGACCGUACCGAGGGUGCUGCCAACUCUGCAAAACAUUUGCCGCAAUGCUGUGCGCCAUGUAAUGACAACCCACCAAGUUAUGCUGUUGCCAGUUCCAAAGAAGAUAAAACAAUUCUUGAUUUAUAAGUUCUAGUUCACACUUUGGAGGUAAAGUGACAGGAUGGGAGGGAACCCUUAUCUCAACGGUAGCAGAUAAUGAAUAAUAUUUUUUUACCAGGAUUUAUUUGAAUGAAUACUAUUUAUUUUGAUUUUAAAAAUGUAUAUCUAGGUUCCAGUACAAAUUAUCACUAGAGCCUUUCUGAUUAUAAAAGUUGCUUAGCAUUACAUCCAAUUUAAAACAAAAAGUACUUCCCCCACCUCACUCAAUCUUUUGCAUAUCAUUGGCAUAUUCCACAUUGUGAAGAGUCAUGUGACUGAUUUAAAGUACAAUAUUUAUUCUGAAUGUGGAAAUCCACUAGAUCAGGCCAAAGGUUUAAAAUGUUAUUUAAUUAUGAAACUUCUAAUUAUUUACAGAAGCAAAUCCCUCCAGUAUAGUAACAUUUUUAAAAAAUCCUCCAGUUUAGUUUGUAAGUUUGCACAAAGAAGAUUUCUAGCCAGUUAAUCAUUUAUUGAUCUAUCCAGAUAGACAAUGCAUGAUUUCAUAAUUGCUCCUUUAAUUUUUUUUAUCUUCACUGAUUUAUGGAUUUACUGAUUCAAAUUUAACUUGGUGUUGGGGGGUGGGGGGGGCGGUUGCAUGGAUGGAAGUGUCUUAAAUUUGCCUUUUUGAGGUUUGUACCUUAUGACUAACUAGAAUAUUCCAGAUUCAUCUUUUAAUUAUUUUUGGAAUCUUAUUGUUGCUGGAUGUACCCAUUUUUCACUUUUAAAAUAUUUCUUAUUUAGUCACUGUUCCAUCCUUGUCAUUUUAUCACCUUUAUGCUAGAAUUGAAUAUUUACAGCCCAGAUGUAGAUCUUUGUGACCCAAAUGUAACUUCUGGUCUAGCCUGCCUUCUAACGGUAUUUUUAUAAGCUUUCUGCAUGCACUUGCUUUAAUUCCUGCUGGUGUAGAACUAUAAAUGACAAACUUUCAUAUCAAAAAAAUGCAGGAAAGAAACAAAGGUUGACCAAAUACACAUGACAAAGAAAAUUGGCAAAAGGUGCAAGUUUAAUUCUGGAAAAUCCAUAUCCAAGCAAUUGUGCUAAAUUGAUGGGUCAUGGAGGAAUUUUUGUCUCAAUGGGUUUUGAAAGUCGGUUAUGAUCAGUUGUAGAUUUUCCAUGGAAUGCAAUUUUUUUAAAACAUGGGUUUGUCACAUGUUUUUGAUUAAUCACUUGCAACUAUUUAACUGCACACAAUUAGUCUUGUCACUGCACUAAAAUUUUUGUACUUCCAAACUGAUUUAACGAGUGCAACUGGAAAAGGCUUGAUAUGGAACAUUUAUUUGUACAA